UAUCACCCCACUCCCACCCCAGCCGCCAAACGAACCCUAGCCCUCUUUCUCCUUCCCCUCGAUCCCCACGAGCCGCCGCACCCCUCCCUCGAUCCCCAGUUCCCCACGAUCCUCUCCUAGCCCGCAGCCACCGGCCUUGUCUCUCCACUCGCCUCCUCCUUUCCUCUACCAUGUCGUCGUCGAUCCCACCGCCGGCCUUCUCCUCUGCUUGCCUCCUCCGGUCCUCUUCCACGUCUCCGUCGAUCCAGAUCAGACCCUCUCCUUGCACGCCCCGUGUUCCUCCUUCCAGCCGAUUGGGCACAGACGCACCAACCCUAGCCCCCGAUGCAGCCAUCCACUCCUCCCUCCUCCCUCCUCCUCCCCCCUCCCCCUCCCAUAGCCGCCGCACCCGUCGCUUGGCCCCCUGGCGACGCCUGGGUCGGGGCUGGGAAGAAGGUCCGGGCCUGCGAGGGAAAGCAGCGAGGGUUGGUGUAGCGGCAAAUGCGGGCGGGAUUUGCGUGGAGGGAGGCUCGUCAGCCGGAACAACAGGAGCAAGGAGGUCGUGCAGGAGCGAAUGCUGGCGGGGUCGGCCAUGGAAGAAGGCUCGCUGGACGGAGCAUCAAGAGCAGGGAAGUCGAGGUGGUUCAGGGCGUCAGUGCACCACGAGGAGUAGAUCGAGCGUGGACCAUAGCAGCAGGAUCAAGGAGCUGCUGGUGGUUCUGGCAACAAGGAGGAUGAUCAAGAAGGAUUGGGGAACACAAGCAAAAAAAGUACUGGGGAAGACGGGCGGGACGAAGGCAUGGAGAUCGUUGUUAGGCGCCAACGUGCGUUUGGUGUUGAUUGCUGGCUGGCCGACUGCGGUGUGCUACCGGCGAUGAGAUCCAGGAGGAGGUGGCGGCGGACAGGGAGUCGAGGACCUUUUUGCUUGCAUUCUCAUGUCUUUUGGCAAGGAGAAAAUUAUCAUUUGGAGGGGAUAAUACAGAUGAAAACAUGCAAGACAGUAUAUGCAAUUGACAUACCCUUCAGUUCUUGAAUCAGAGUUCAGUGGUGAAGAACACUACAAUUUUUUGGUUGAUGGAUUGGUCUGAAUAUAUUGUUAGGGAUUUUGCAUGAAGUGGUUAUUCAAAGAAUGGAACCAAUUUUAUGAUUUGCUGCCCAGCAGGGCUGAUGAUAGGCGCUUCAGCAUCAAGUUGGACGUGAACUUCGAACUGGAUACAGUAAGUCACAACGAGAAGUCUUUUUUCGUAAUUAAGCAUGACAUCUGCUUCAUUUGCUUCAACUUAUAAUUUAAUUUUUUUUUUUACUACUCUACUAGCGUAUCCUCUGCCAUGCAAGAGUUUUUGUCUUGGAUAAGAUAGGUUUCAUUUGUACUAUGGAGGUAAAGAAAGUUUACUUGAAGACCGAGCAUGGUUAUAUUUUCCAUGCAAAAUUAUACAACGCAGACGACUACACCUAUUUUGGAUGCAAAACUUGGCGAGCAGUAUGCAAGACUUAUGCAUUUGAGCCUGAUAUGGUUAUCACCAUUGAUAUCCGUCCGGAAGAUGAUAUUGAAGGUAAUAACGACAUCUGGGUCGAUGUUCAGACGCCUCCAGUUAUACCAUUAUCUUAUUUCGGUUCAAGCAAACAUGUCCAACGCUUGAUAGACACGACCUACUACUAUCCCGGGGCUGAACUAAACUGCGAGGAGCUAAGUCAUUAUGUUUCAUGGCUUGAGGAUCUUGAUACUGUCAACACAAAUUUUCUUCCUGCAUUUAGAAAUGUUAGUACUGAAAACGUGCGACCAAUAGUGUUCAUAAUGAACUACGAUCACAUCUAUUUAAGAAAGAUGGGACUCCCGAUGAAUGUUGUGCCUCAUGGGAUCGAGACUAAUGGUACCAUGAGUAUUGUUAGCUUACGGCCAAGAUAUCCUACAAUGCACUUUAGUGCAUUCAGGAUUUCUAAGAGCGAGGAAGUCUUAAUAGUGAAAGACUGGACCAAAUUUGUGACGGAGGAGCGCAGAGAAGUACUAGGGGGCAGCAAUGAGAAGCGCAGCCCACGAUUAGGAGUCAGGUUCAUCUGCAUGCUCCAACUUGAUGAAGGAGGAGAGCUACACAUGUUUUAUGUUAUUUUACCUGAGAGAGAGCAGCAGGAGUGAUUAGCUAGCUAGAAAUGAGUUUGAAGAUGAUGAUGUGCUACACUAUGAGUAUGAUGAUUAAAUAGCUAGUGUUGGUGGUAAUGACUAUGAUGAUUAAAUAAAUACUG